AUGAUCACAAACAGGAAUAUCGCGGCAAAUAUUGCUGCGUUUCGCCGACAUUUUGAACAGGUAAGAAUGACUUGAAUCCAUGCACUAUGCCAUAAUUUCUUUUUGAGACAAUAUCAAUAAAUUAAACUGCGUUUGUUUGUUUCUGAAGUAAAUUCGAAGCAUUUGUAAGAAAUGUUUAGGGAAACUGACUUAUAGUGUUGAACACUGAACCAGUUUCCUCAAACAUUUCUUACAAAUCCUUCAGAGCUUAGAACUUGCUUAUGCAAAAAACUUUGAUGUAAUAUUUCAAAUCCGACUACUCUAUGCUGGACUGGACUAGAUUUCAAGUCCGCGCAAUUUGAUCACGUCCGAGGUGAAGCCGAGGACUUGAAAUCUACUCCAGCUAGCUAUAGUCCGGCAUAGUCGGAUUUGAAAUGACAUCUCAUACGAAUAAAUCACUAUAUAUAGCGCACUUGCCUUUCACCUCUAAAGGCCGUUUUCCACUAGACAGAAUUUCGCGGAGCGGAAUUUCUCUUUGUCUUUUCUAAUUAGUCCCACCUGAGAAAUAACAAGACAAAGAAAAAUCCCGCUCCGCACGGAAAAUUCCGCCUAGUGGAAAACGGCCUUAAGCCGCAGGUUCAAGCCUCAGUGAGAACUUUCUCAAUGCGACUCGAGCCCAGUCCUCAUGUGAAAAGAGUAACAGUCCACGCUCUGGCGAAAGUCGUGGGUUUCCUCCGGGUACUCCGGUUUCCUCCCACAGGGAAAGUUGAUAGGGUGGGUUAGGUAAAAGGGCCCACAGUAAUUGACAUAUGCUGUUGUGGUGACCCUGCCCUAGUUGGCAAAGCUAAAUAAGUAAAUAAAUACUUAAUUAACAUUGAUCCAGUCCAAGGACUGAAUAUUUUGAUCCUGCAUCCUAGGACAGGAUCAAUAUACUUCAUCAGGUAUCCAGUAUUAUCAAGUGAGCAAAAUAAAGCAAUAUGGUUUGCUAAUUUACUCAUGAUUAUUAAUAAGUUUGAGAUAGUGUAAACUCUCUUAAGGGUUUGUUUAAGUCUGGGAUUGGAUGAAGUUUGAUCAAUUCUUAGGACUGGAUGAAGUUUGAGCAAGUUCUGAGACUGGAUUAAGCUUGAUCAACUCCAAAGAGUGGAUCAAGUUUGAUCAAAUACCAAAACGUACUAGAUCAAGUUUGAUCCAGUCCUAUAUGACUGGAUGAAGUUUGAUCAAAUAGUAGAACUAUACAUGAAGUUUGUUCAAGUCCUAUAUAGGACUGGAUUAAGUUUGGUUUAGUUUUAUCAAGUUCUGGGAUUGGUUGAAGUUUGAUCAAGUCCUCGGGUUGGAUGAAGUUUGAGCGACUUAUACGACUGGAUGAAGCUUGAUCAAGCACUGCGACUGGAUAAACUUUAGUAGAUUUAAUUUUGUUUUUGAAAGAUAUUGAAGCAGAGUUUUUAAUACAAGUGUUCUGUAAUAUGGAAAUAGAAAUCGGGGAGAUAUGUCUAAACAAAUUCUAACUCAAUGUCAACUAAAUUCAGUCUGUGAUCUGAUUGUGCAGUCUGAUUUGUUAUGUCAUUUUCCUACUUUCGAUAUUUACCUUUAACAAUAAUCUACUUUUUUUAGAAUGGCCGUCCAUUUUCCUCAAGUGAUGUUCAUAUCUCCUAUUUACCUCUGCCACACAUGUAUGAAAGAAUCGCCCAGGUAUAAUUCCAGAACGAUAGCCCAGGGCGAGGGUACUAAUUUCGCUCGGCUACUAAUUCCGCUCGGCUAGUUCCAGUUCCACCCAUGAAAAAGCGAGCCACGACUAUGGGCCACUUGCCUUUUAACGAUGCCCGCUAUGCAUGACGGUAGGAGUCGUCACUUUGCAGUCGAACGGCUUGGCGACUGUAGGAGCGAGUGAUUUGUUUUGAACAUGAAAUGAACAUGAACCACUUUUUGCAUCCAUCGAUAACAUUUAUCCACAGGAAAACAACAAGAAAGCUCUGAACUGCAUCUGGAUGUAAUUUCAAGGCGUAAUGUGUGUUAAUGGCGAGGAAAAUGCACUGGCAAGGAGAUGACAUGUGAACACAUUUCGCAAAUAAUUUCUUGCAAAAAACUGACCUCACGAACAAAAACAGGUAAAUUCACGUUUUAAAUUAUGAUCGGAAAUUUGUUUGUCAAAAUUGAUUUUCACUGACAGCUGUUUGUAUUGAAUCUCUUAGUUAUUUGGAUUCGAUAAGUCUAUGAAUGCCAUUUUAAGCUUUGUGAAUUUGACAACUUUGUCAUGAUUAAAAUGUUCGAAAUAUUUGUCCAGAGACCGAGCGUCUUUUUGGCAAUAUUUUAAGCUUAAAUCUACUCGAUCUGAAUAACUUGACUAUAGCCAUAGUAAGAAUAUUUAAUAGUAAAAAUGCUCUCUUUAUUUCAUGGUUUUUUAUUGUAAAUAAGUACUAUUUAAAGAAAGAGGCUAAAAUAUGGAUGCGGAAAGACGGGUGUUGGGGUUUUUAUGUACUAUUUACAACAUGAGCGGCCGUGUUGUAUCAGAUAUACAAACUCGAGCCGAAAAAAACGACUCAUCUUAUGAGUUCAUUGGCGAAGUAAUUUUAAAAAUAAGAUUGGAUAAUUGCUUCAUGAAUUAUUAAUGAGUUUUGAAACAUAUUUAUUAAUAAUUACAAAGUGGGAAAUUGCUUGAUCAGUUAAUCUUUAUUGCAGAUGUACUACAGCAUGAAAUGUAGGUAGUAUUUUAUGCUUCAUUAGCUGAACCUUUUUCUUGUUUGAUUGCAAUAAAAUAUAUUUACUUAUUAUGCUUCAAGUUGUGUAUAAAGGCACAUUUCUAUUUGGACAUUUGAACAAUGCCAACAAACAGUUGAUUUAUGUGUGGUCUCAUGCAGAGUCAGUGGGGAUACAGUACAUGGUGGAACAGCAUGCAGGGGUGCAAAUUUAGGUUGUCUACCUAUAUUGUCUUUUUGUUGCUGAAAAUUCAAGUCUUGGGGGCUUUUGCCUCAUAUAAUGCAAGUUUAUUUAUAUAAAGUACCUGCUUGUAUUAUCUGCAAAGUCCUUGUUUUAAUUAAAUGAUGGCAAGACCUUGGCCACAGAUGAUAGAUAAUACCAGAUGAAUCACUCAGCCAAAAUUGUGUCCGCGAUUUUUUAUGAGCACGCGUUGGCCGCCAUUUUGGCAGUAAGUGUAAUCCACGCCAUGAAACGUGAGCAAUCACGCAUUUUGGCAGUAAGCGCCAUUUUGGCAGUAAGUGUCGCACGCGUCAUCUGGCGUGAUAGCUUCGCCAAAAUCGCGGACACGAAAAUCAUAGAGAUAGAUACACAGUGAUUCAUCUGGUAUAAUCUAUCAUCUGUGCCUUGGCCUUGGGUAUGGGUGGUAGUGUUCUUAUCAUCUGCCUAUACUGGCAACACAAUUAAUUGAAUACUAUAGCAACUGUAUAUUACUGUGAAAACACUGUGGAAGCUGUAUAUUUAUGUUGACAUUAUAAAAAUAACAUUUUCUGGCAUAUCAAUUACCAGAUGUAUAUCUUGCCAGACCUAACCCAUCCUAUUUAAGUUAUAUUUUUGUACCGAGCUCAUGCAACCAAAAAAACAAACACUAAUAGACAGUUCAGGCAUUUCGACGUUACUGUUUCGACGUUGAAACAACGUUGAAAUUAGGUUGCCAAUUUCGUCAACCAUAAUUCAACGUUGAAUCAACGUUGAAACAACGUUGAGUUGGUUCACAAACCAUGAAUGAACGUUGAUUCAACGUCUGUUGGUUGCUGUUGAACCAAUGUUUGUAAAUCAACGUCAGAGCAACGCAGAUAUUAGGUUGUCGACGUCGCAACCUUUUCUCCAGCAAAUUUCAACGUUGAAACAACGUCGUGUGCCCGGUGGGCUAUUAUAGGUACAGACCUAGACAAUUAGGUAGGAGAAUAUACACAAAGACAUUAGGUCAAUGAAAGUUUGUAGAAAUUUUACCAAAAGCAGGCUGUAAUUUUCAAGUAGGUAUUUCCAGUUCCUAGCAUGGAAUUUUACCUCAUGAGAACAUUUGUCAACCCAUACUACUAUAUACUGUACCUGCACAAAAAUAUUUUGCAUCUGAAACGUUUAUAUAUUUAAUAAAACAAGCCUAUAUAGGAGUGUUCAAAAAGAUAAAAGUAAUAAAAUUGAAAAGCAAUUUUAAGAGUAAAAAGAUUCAGUAAAAAGAGUUAAAAUACAAAAUAGUGUAUACAAAUGGAAUAUCAAUGAAAAGAUUAAAUUUUACUGCAAAAUAGAUCCUAUAGAAUUAGAAAACAACCAUGAAGCUUAAGCUUAAAAUAUUGCCAAAAAGACGCUUGGUCUCUGGACAAAAAUUUCGAACAUUUUAAUCAUGACAAAGUUGUCAAAUUCACAAAGCAAAUGGCAUUCAUUGACUUAUCGAAUCCAAAUAACCAAGAGAUUCAAUACAAACAACUGUCAGUGAAAGUUAAUUUUGACAAAAAAAUUUCCGAUCAUAAUUUAAAACGUGAAUUUACCUGUUUUUGUUCGUGAGGUCAUUUUUUUCCAGGAAAUUAUGUGCGGAAUGUGUUCACACGUCAUCUCCUUGCCAGUGCAUUUUCCUCGCCAUUAAUAAUACACAUUACGCCUUGAAAUUACAUCCAGAUGUAGUUCAAAGCUUUCUUGUUGUUUUCCUGUGGAUAAAAGUUAUAAGAGAAUUUUUUUCAUUUGAAUGCAUGCUUUUGUAGUUUUAGUUUCAUGCAUUUAUAUCAGUCUUUUUGCUUGAAGCGUAGAGACUGAAGUAUCUUCCUUAUCUUUCGGCUUCCGUGUUAGUCGUGUUCAUGAAAAACCAUCUUUUGUAUACAGCUAUUUCAAUUAAGGUUUUCCCCGAGCAAAGCGGAAAAGUCGAAUACGAGCACGAAAGGCUUGCUGGGAAUCGCUAACAUUUUUAAUGAAUUUUUUAGCGAUUCCCAGCAGCCUUUCGCGCUCAUAUUCGACUUUUCCACUUUGCUCGGGGACAACCUUAAUUGAAAUAGCUGUAUUCAAUGCAAUGGUAGUGCUGCAAGCCUCAAUGCUUACAUUUACUAUUUGAUUCUUUUUACAGACCUACGUUCUUUCCUUCAGUGCCUCGCUUGUUGAAUCGUAUUUAUGAUAAGGUUGGUGCAUGUUGUUCAUCCAUGGCCGUAAAAAAUAGCGGACCAUUGGUCCCAGAAACUUUUUGUUUGGUCAGCAGAAAGAAAAAACUAUAAUACUGUAAGACAUUACGAUAUUUAUAGAAAGAUGAAUUUAAAGUAAACCUUUGCCCCUUUCUCAGGUAGAUUUAUCUAACUUUAUUAUUGGUCAGGUGGGUAAACAGUGAACCAAUUGCACCUAAAAUGAACAAAUUUUAUCCUGAACCACACCAACUAGUGCUUCAUAUAGUGCUUCUUUACUGUACAGGCUACCCUAAUAGUACAUGCAGGUCAACCUAACAGUAUACAGAUCAACCUAAAGCAGUUGUUUAAUUAGAUUCCAGAAAGUCAAAUAUUUUCCACGCACGGGUUCAUCUAUAAAUACGGCGUGAUCUCGCGUUGAAAAGCCAUGCUUGCUUUAUGUCUCCCAGUUUUGGAAUUUCUUUUCUAUUAUAUAUUUUAGUUUGAAAUAGAAAAAUUGAGCAAUUAUCUAAUUAUUGUUCAUACAGGUUACCGCAGGUGUGGAGUCAAGUGGGGUUUAAAGAAGUGGUUAUUCAACAAGGCUUUUGCCUCAAAAAUGGCUGACCUCGAAAAGUGAGUACUGAACAGAUUUGAAAUUGCUCUCAAUUUCGCAAAACAGCUCGUGGUAUCACCUUUUUGCUACAUAUAGAUUUGUUGAGUACCUAUAAUGUAGAAUAAUGGAAAAAAAUACUCGAACUCAAAUUGUGUAAACCAGGGGAGGGGUGUUUCUUUUCCAACAAACCAAAAUGGCUUGCGCACGAAAUCUAAAAGCUUUAAUCGUAUUUUGAGUUAAUGGAAGGAACAUUUUAAUUCUUUUCGACUAUUUACAGUACAAUCAUGCAUAAUUAAAUCCAAUAUAUCUGUAUAUUCGCAAUUUAAGUCCGGUUUUAUUAAUUGUUGGAUGAACUGCAUGAGUUCCAUUUAAUGACAAUAUUAAAUUUUUGGUUUUUAGGGGUCAAAUAUACAACAACGGCUUUUGGGACAAAUUGGUAUUUAGAAAAGUUCAGGUAGAUGAACUAAAUCCUUGUAUGUUAUAUUUCGUUUGUUCUGUGGAAACACCAUGCAUGCACAUAUAUUUGUUUGGCAAAGCCUUUUCUCUAGUCUUGCAUGCGCACGCUAAUUCGAACGACAUUAUCGCGCCUAAAUGACGUUUUGAUAUGGAUCAUUAGCUUUGCCUUAAAUGUACAUUUACAACUUAAAGCCGGUUUUCCAAAUUUUUCGCGCGGAGCGGAAUUUUUCUUUUUCUUGUGAUUUCUCGGGUGCAUCUAAUGUAUAUGUAUAUGUUUAUUUUCCCAGGCAAUCCUGGGUGGAAAUGUUUCUGUUAUCGGUACUGGUGCAGCACCCAUCGAGGCGAAAGUUUUAACAUUUUUGAAAGUUGUUUUUGGAUGUUGGGUAUGUUAACGUUUCAUCCUUGUUUUUGGUGCUUGUUGCGGUUUUUUUGUGAUAACGUAAACUAAAUGUUAAGGUACGUCUGAACUUCCUGUAUUUGGCGCUCUCGAUGAAUAUGAUGUAUAAACCUGGCGAAAACAGAAUGGAAAUAAGUGACGUUAUUGUCGUUCUCAGACACCGUAACGAAAUUUUCGUGAAGCAUAUAUAAAAUAAUUGAUGGAUGCAUGAUAGUUGUUCUUAAAAUUAUCGAUCUUUUAUUGCUUUCCAGAGUCUUGUUUUUCAAACCUCAAUCACUUUGCUGGUAUUAUUUGUCAUAUAUAGCAACUUGUGUAAAAAAUAGCUUUCGUAUGGUUUUUAACGAAUUUCAGUAGAGAUUGAUUAUGACGCAAAUGCUCGUGAAAAACCGUGAAUUUGUUUGAUUUCCCGUCAUUUGAGAAAAAAGUCACGUGAUUGCAAACAAGCUAUAUUACUGACUUAUAGAACUUGUUAUGUGAUUGGGCUAAAACUUGUGGUGUGUUGUAUUAGACGUGAAGACGCAGCUCGAAAUUACCCACACAAGAAGGAUUGCAGUUUAUUUGCUGAUAAAUAUCCAGAAAGUAUAAACCUUAAAGAACCUACCAAUUUUCGGGAUAGUAAUGCGAGUUUUUCUUCGAUAACUGAAUAAAAAAACUUGGAAAAAUAGUCGUACAAACUGAAGAACGUCUCUUUGUCUUAAUUUGCCGUUUUGAUCACGAGGCGAUUUUUUUUGCUAUUCUACUUUUUUGCAAAACUGAACCGUGGUUUAGAGAACUAACCUACGAACGGCUAAAAAUUGAUCAUAUUGUUACAGUAAAUUAUUGUUACAUUAGUUCAGAGAAAAAACGCAACUUGGUUGAAGGAAACGCGAACACGACGUGAAGGAAGCACGCGCUUUUGUCCAUAAAUGGUGUGUUCACAUGAGAGGGAAUCUCGUGAGUCACUGUUGUUCGUCUCAAUCAUCUAUGCCACUGGUAGCGAACGACAUCAAUGUUCAAAACAAUAUAAGUUUUGUUCAACAGUAUGAAGGUGAGUUAAAGAUAUAUUGUAGUUGUUAAUCCCGGAUAUUACAGUAACACUGCCUGUGAGAUUACGAAGAUGCGCAAGUGGAGGCAAAGACAAUGCUAAAUAUAAAUCUAUGAACUACGGUCGCACCUGCUUAUAAACCAUGGACUGUUGAUUGUGUAUAAGUUCCCUUUCGAGAGUAAAUUCAGCAAUACUGUCAUACAUUGAUGCUGAUCAGAUUAUACAUUUUUAUGGCAGUAAAACACUUUAAGAGCAUUAAAACGGUCAAAUGGACCAUGGAACAAUGUACAGUGUUUUAGAUGCUACUUCGCAAUAUGGGGAUAUUUUGUGUUUUAGGUAUGUAUCUACGGUCCAAAUGUGUUCAAAGGAUAUCUGAAGGCAGCCGAGAAAACAGCUGAAGUAUAGAUAAAGAUGAGUGGCUUCAUACUGGUGAUAUUGGGGAGUGGAACCCGGUAUGAUUUAUUCCUAUAAAUACAAAAUUUGAAUACGUUUACAUGAAUACCCUUCGAAUAAUAGUUUUGAAAAUUGUGAAAUUAGUGAUUAAAAGAUUGUUUUUGGGAGAAAAAAAAACUUGGCGCUUUAUAAUUCUUCAUCUGCUCGACCUCAUUCAAUAAUUGUUAAAUAUUUAUGGUACUGAAUUACCAUUUUUGCUUUAGAACGGCACAUUGAAAAUCAUUGGUAGGAAAAAAUGUAUCUUCAAGUUAUCACAGGUGCGUAAUAUGCAGACGAAAUAUGCAUCAAAGAACUAUACAAAAAAUUGUAUGGGAUGUUGUCACAACAUUAAUAAUUAUAUAAUAGUUUUGUUUGUGGAAACACCACGUAAAUUAAAAAUUAAUUAUUAAUUUCCACAAACAAAACUAUUUUAUGUUUUAUCGCCAUGCAAACAUACAAAGAACUUAUCGUUAAUAAUUCAUGAGGAAAACGCAAAGAAAAAUCAUACGCGUGUCGUAUCUUUAUAUGUGAUAGAGAUAGGUUAAUUCUUUCUGUGGUCAUAAAGGUAAUAUAAGUACUAUUUAAAACACUCGUUGUCGUGUUUUAUCAGAUAUAAAACGCUCGGCUGCGCCUCGCGUUUUAUAUCUGAUAAAACACGACAACGAGUGUUUUGAAUAGCUUAAAAUACGACUACAAAAGAAUACUAAUUAGGAUGAACCAUAAUAUAAUCAUGCUAAUUAAGAUGAACAAUUAUAUAAUGCCACAUGUGUUUUAUCAGAUACAAUUCACUCCACGUGACAUGUUAUGGCUGACAUGAUUUGCCACAAGGUUUAUGAAUUAUUAAUGAGUAUUUUAAGAUUGUUUAUCAUACGCUCUUAAAUUGAAAUUAUAGAACAGAAGCUAACUGAAGCUAAAGGUGUUUCUCAAAAGAGCAUCAUCAGAUAUCCGACCAGAUAUCAAGUACUAUAUGUAUAGGUUAUUUUGAGGCAACGGGGGGCCCCUUGUUGCCUCAAAAUAACCUAUACUUUCACAUUGCGAGGUCGCGUUAAUGAGUCAGAAUAGAAAUAAUUCUUAAUGCCACAUUGCCUUCGCGAUGUUGUUUUUUUCUUCUCAUUUUUUGUGCUGCAAAGACAUUGCAGGUGAAUAUUAGAGGGGAUUAUUAAUUGCAGGUGAAUAUUAGAGGGGAUUAUUAAACGGAAAUUGAUUAGAGGGGAAUAUUGAAUAUAUUCCCCGAUAAGAACCAAGGAAACCGAGCAGGGUGAAAAAUAAUACUUGUUCUCCUCACAACACGCCAUAUACUAAUCACUGUAGUGCCUUUUAAACGAACUUCCUUCCUCUCAUAAGUCUGCUAGUACAAUAUAUACUUUGUCAAAAUGAACCCCAGUAUAUUAUAUUGAAAUUCCAAAUAACGUUUUUAUAUUCAUUUUUUGACUCAGGGUGAAUAUGUUGCUCCUGAUAAGAUUGAGAAUAUUUAUAUCAAAAGUCCCUACGUGGCGCAGGCAUUUGUUCAUGGCCAUAGUCUUAAGG